AUGGAUGUUGGAAGAUGUCUCCCCCAUAGUUUGGCUGUCCGAGGAGAAAAGGCAGAAGAUUUAUUUGUAAUAGAUGUCCAGAUUGGUCAUAUUACCAAGAUUCCUAUUCUGAAAGAUCGUGAACCUGGCAUGGUGAACCAGCAGGGAUGUGGUAUUCAUGCCAUUGAGCUCAACCCCUCAAGGACCCUUCUGGCCACAGGUGGAGACAACCCCAACAGUCUUGCAAUUUAUCGUCUGCCUACACUCGAUCCUGUGUGUGUGGGAGAUGAUGGACAUAAGGACUGGAUAUUUUCAAUUGCAUGGAUAAGUGAUACUAUGGCUGUUUCUGGUUCCCGGGAUGGUUCAAUGGGUCUCUGGGAAGUCACAGAGGAUGUGUUGUCCAAAAGUGAUGCCAGGCAUAAUCUCUCUCAAGUUCCUGUCUAUGCCCACAUAACACACAGGGCUCUGAAAGAUAUCCCCAAGGAGAACACCAAUCCUGACAACUGCAAAGUCCGAGCAUUAGCUUUCAACCAUAAGAACAAGGAGCUGGGAGCUGUGUCCCUGGAUGGGUAUUUUCAUCUUUGGAAGGCAGAGCACACACUAUCAAAGGUGCUUUUCUGGCAAUCCCUGAAUCCCUUGCCUGGUCUCUCAGAGGACCCUUCUGCUGUGGAACUGCUGAGGGUUGAAGAACAACAGGUCCCAACUGCUACAACAGUGCACCAUCAGCAAUACCACACCAACCAAGACUCCGUGAUCGCCGUCCAUAAGAUGAUUCGUGAACUGGGGAGCCAAGGAGUGGAGUGGAAACACAGUCCCACUAUUUGCCAUGGACUGAUCCAGACUGCACUAGAAAAGGGUGAGGCUCCAGAACACCUGCAAUACAUUGAUGACAUCAUUGUGUGGGACGACACAGCAGAGGAAGUCUUUGAGAAAGGAGAGAGGAUAAUCCACAUCCUCCUGAAAGCUGUCUUUGCCAUAAAGCAGCGUAAGGCUAAGGGAUCUGCCCAGGAAAUUCAGUUUUUAGGAAUAAAACAGCAAGAUGGACGUCGUGAGAAUCCAAUGGACAUGGUCAACCAAAUAGAAGCUAUGACCCCACCAACCAGCAAGAAGGAAACACAAGCUUUCCUAGGCACUGUGGGUUUCUGGAGGAUGCAUAUUCCAGAUUACAGUCAGAUUGUAAACCCUCUCUACCAAGUGACCCGAAAGAAGAACAAUUUUAAGUGA